AAAGCAGUGCCAUCCCGAUAUCAUACAGCAGUUUGACCUGCCACAAUUUUCACAGGUUCCCGUUUCAUCUUUCGUUGACAGAAUAAAAUGUCUUCUCCAUGACUGCGAAGCGCUCCCGCACCUGAAACACACCAGAGGACGCGAAUCUGCAAGUGUAUAUUUAUGGAAUAAAACCAGUCCUACCACCCAUCAUGUCAGGGAAGUCAGACAUGAAAAAGAAGUGGGCGGCGGUCAGGGAUCGCCUGGGCUCCUCGCAGGACUCCGAUACCCCGCAGGAGGCCAACCUGGAGAGUGCUGAUCCAGAGCUGUGCAUCAGACUGCUGCAAGUUCCCACCGUAGUCAACUACUCUGGGCUGAAGCGACGCCUGGAAGGCAGCAACCAGACAUGGAUGGUCCAGUUUUUGGAGCUAAGUGGGCUGGAUCUGCUCCUGGAGGCCCUGGACCGGCUCUCGGGGCGCGGGUGCUCCCGCAUUGCCGAUGCUCUUCUGCAGCUCACCUGCGUCAAUUGCGUCCGGGCUGUCAUGAACUCCGCAGCGGGGAUCCACUUCAUUAUAGAGAACGAGGGAUACAUUCGGAAGCUUUCACAAGCCUUGGACACUUCCAACACCAUGGUGAAGAAGCAGGUGUUUGAGCUACUUGCAGCCCUCAGCAUGUUCUCUACAGAUGGACACUGCCUGGCUCUGGAUGCCCUGGACCAUUACAAGGGCGUGAAGAUGCAGCAGUAUCGCUUCAGUGUGAUCAUGAAUGAGUUGCAGGCGACAGAUAACGUCCCUUACAUGGUCACACUCCUCAGUGUCAUCAAUGCCCUCAUCUUCGGGACAGACGACCUCAGGCAGAGAGAUAAGAUGAGAAAGGAGUUUAUCGGGCUUCAGUUACUUGAUAUUCUGCCAAAGUUAAGGGAGCAGGAGGAUGAAGACUUGAUUAUUCAAUGUGAAGCUUUUGAAGAGGCAAUGGCUGAAGAUGAGGAGGAGCUGCUGCGGUUGUAUGGGGGCAUUGACAUGAGUAAUCACCUGGAGGUCUUCACUACACUCUUCAACAAGGUGAGCAGCUCACCAGCCUCUCUCCAGCUGCUGUCCAUCCUGCAGACACUGUUGGUGCUGGGGCCGAGCCGCUCUGAUAUCUGGCUCGCUCUGGAGGCCAUCACUAACAGAGCCAUACUGCUGGCCCAGGACUAUGGAGUCCUGUGAGAAGAUCAUGCAGCGGCUGAUGUUUUCCAAAGGCAAGAGCUGUGAAGGUCAGCAUGAAGUGGACGGGCAG